GAAUUAGAUUCCAGUCCAAGAAGCCGAAGACGAGAGGGAGGAAGCGAUACAAUGACAAUCAUGAUAAAACUAGCGACAAAACUUUGCCGGCAUCUUUGACACACUCCUCUGCUGUUUCGUGUCGCUAUGGGGUAACUGAAUAGCGCAGUUUGGGGCGAAAAUGACAUUUUCACACACAAUUGUUUGUCAGGAAGUUUACUCCGGACGACUUUGAGGGACGUAUUUCUUCGCCCCCCAUCCUCACCUUGCGUCGAAGAAUGGGGGCCGGAGCUUUAACCAUCUGUCACAACGAGGCGGCGGUGCAGGUCAAGGAGGACAUAAAGAAGAUGGUGCAGAUGCCCGUGAUGAGACCACGCUCGGUGGCGGCCAAGCACAAUCGGUUGUUCGGGGCACCCCUGCCCGAGCUGGUGGAGAGGGGCUUGACGGAGGACGGCGUGCCCCUGGUCGUGCGCAGGAUGGUGGAGCACCUAUGCGAGCACGCACUGCAGCAGGAGGGCUUGUUCCGGGUGAAUGGCAACGUGCGUGCAGUGGAGGCCCUGCGGCAGCACCUGGAGAGCGAUGAGGACGCUGACAUCGGCAGCGAUGCGGACACGUGCACGGUGGCGAGCCUGCUCAAAAGGUACCUGAGGGACCUCCCCCAAGGCCUGGUGGAGCCUGCCGUGCAAAAAGCGCUGGUGCAUUACUACCAAGAGUGCGGCGACGAGGCCUCCUGCUCAGGCCUGAGGGAGCAUCUGAAGCAGUUACCGGGCGACCACCUGAGUCUGCUGCGUUACCUGUGUCACUUUCUCACACUGGUGGAGAGUAACCAGCAGGACAACCGGAUGAACGCCCACAACCUCGCCACGGUAUUUGGACCGAGUAUCUUCCACGUGGCUCCCGGGUUCGAGGCCCUCAACGAGCAGAACGUCUGCAACAAGAUCCUCGUCCGGCUCAUCCAGAACUACAGCAGCGUAUUUGAAGCGGACAAAAAAGACGAAGAAAUAGAAGACGACGUCAUCCCGGUGAAGGUUGCACAUAUCGGUAAUGAUGCAGAACCUCCAUGCCAAGCCAACAGCAGCAUACCUGAGAAGACACAGAAGAGGAAGGUGAGGAACGCCAAGACUGACGGGGACGCCCUCCAAGCGCCCACCUGUGCCGGCCGCCCGGCGCCAAUGCCCCACGGCCGGGGGGCUCUCGGCGCGCCGAUAGUGGUACCUCUAAGGAGCGCCAGCCCCGCCGAGGUCAUGGCGAUGACUCGAGGAGAUACCCCAGUCCCUGCCUGUUUCCAUGGCAACCUGGAUGUUAGCGCCCAGGAAGAUGAGAGGCCAAUAUCUCCUUUCUACAUGAGUCCUCACGGCUCUCCCGUAGUUCGCUCGCCUGAUGCCGUCAAAAUCCUGGACAAGACCAUCCGUUCAACAGUCAAGCAGCACCUCUUUGAUGGCCAUCGGGCGUCAGAUGUCGGAGAGCUGACCCCGCGGCAGCUUCUAACGGCGAGGCAGCGACGACGUCACCGCAGAGAGCAGCACGACGACAGCACCAGACAACUAGACAGAAGCCGAACGGACACCAACAAGGAGAACAUCCCAACAUUAGCAAGUGGGAGCAGCCGCGUUAGAAGCCUGAGAGAGGACAUAGGUUGCGUCUAUGUAGGCUCACGCAGUGGGCAGAGUGCUCAGGUGGUGCGAGCACCAAAAUCCAGGAAGUGGAAACACAACCCGACGCUGGUGCAGCUCAACCAGGACGCACACGCAGAGUCUGCUGGCAUGUCGGCAACCUUUGAGAGAACCAGGCCCAGCCGCAUGGAGCCCUAUAAGAAAAGGAAUGACGCCUCAAGAAAAGAUGACCUUCCUUCUCCCUCACAGACGCUAAGGAUGAAGAUCCAGGAGUCGCCCGUCGUGGCCUGCGGCGGCGGGGAGGUUUUCGAUCCCGAGCGGGACAAGGCGAGCUGCGAUGACGUGCCCCGCCUGGACAGCAACUGGGGAGAACCCGUGCCGGCUUACUCGUCGCUACAGCGAGACAACCCAGACCGCGAGGAAGCCCGUCUAUCGCCGGGCGCCGGCGGCCGCCUCAUCCGUCAGCUGCUGGAGGAAGGCAGCGACCCCAUGCCGUCCCCCCGCUUCUACGCCUAUGGCCGCUGCCAGCAGUAUCUGGACGACACGGAAGUGCCGCCGUCGCCGCCCAAUGCCCACUCCUUCAUCAGUCGCAGGAGGAGCUCCUCUCUGGGCUCCUGCGAUGACGACAAGGAGGAGCUGACUACCGCCCAGCUCACCAAGAGGAUACACGUUCUAAAGAAGAAGAUCCACAGGUUCGAGGAGAGGUUUGAGGACGAGCGGAAAUACCGGCCUUCCCACAGCGACAAAGCUGGAAAUCCAGAGGUGCUGCGAUGGAUGAACGAGCUAGCCAGGUUGCGCAAAGACCUCAAAGAACACAAGCUGAUGAAAUCAGAGGAGGACCUGCCGCCGUUGACGCGGCAACGCAGCAACACGCUGCCCAAGAGCUUCGGCUCACAGCUGGAGAAGAAACCCGCCCAGGAGAAGGUGCCCAAGCCCCCCGUGGAAAGCACGCUAGAGGGCAUCCUCAAGAAGUUGCAAGAGAAACGCCAGGAGGUCGACCGGCCCGAGGACAUCAAGGAUAUGACCAGAGAACAGAUCGGAGCUGAGAAACUGGCCCUGCAGAAAGCUCUCCUUUACUACGAGAGCAUUCAUGGGCGACCUGUGACCAAGAGUGAGAGGGAGAUCAUGAAGCCAUUGUACGACAGGUACCGGCUGGUCAAGCAGAUCCUGUGCCGAGCCUCAACCAUCCCAGUCAUUUGCGGCGGCGGCGGCGGCGCUGUAACCUCCACGCCGGCUAACGGCUACUUCUCGACGUCACCGCAGGGCUCGCCCUCCAGCAAGCGCCGAGGCCCCCUGCUGCAGCCCAUUAUCGAGGGCGUAACCGCGCUUUUCUUCGACGACGUCAAGGAGGAAGAGGAAGGCUCGGAGGAUGACGGAGACGCCAAGCUGCAGUUCUCUGUGACCACUCGUCCCGACCUGAACGUGUUCAGCUUCUUGGGUCACGAGGACGUGGACGGAUUCAUUUCCCCAGUUGACGAACUGACGCCCUCCAAGAACGUCACGGACAUGCGGCUGUCCAACCUGCACUCCGCCACCACACAAGAGCUGGUGGAACAACUCCAGGAGACCCGAGAGGAGAAGAAACAAAUCCGCAAGACUCUCAAAGAGUUUGAGGAGCAGUUCUUUCGACAAAAUGGGAGGAAUGUUCAAAAGGAGGACCGCUCGCCUCUCGCCACCGAGUACAACGAGUACAAGCACGUCAAAGCCAAACUGAAGCUACUGGAGGUCCUCAUCAGCAAAAGAGAGUCCACCAAGUUCAUCUGAGCAAAAAAACACGCCAAAUCAAAGACUUCAGUGUCAUGAUGGUUUGUCCGGUGGUUGGUGGUAGCGUAGAACCUUAAAUCUUCACCGCCCCCCCCCAUCCCCCCAAAAAAUCACGCUUGUAAUGUCUACUAAUUUAUUUGCGUCCGUUUGUACCACAACGACAACCUUUCUCACCUUUUGCCAUAGAAGUCUUAAAAAAAAUUAUGUGGACGACAUGCUAUUUAAAAAAAAAAA